AUGACAGAAGAUAACAGUACAAUUAUUUUAACACCAAACUAUCAAUUAAAGAAACAACAAGAACACAGCUUUAACAAAACCAUGGAAGGAGGUACACCCUAUGAUAGGAUUAGCCUAUUUACUUCAAAAUUGAAGCUUUUAAAUAACAAUGAUGGGACUCUCAUUUCUGACUUAACUCGUUUGGCCGCUAACUCCAACCCUGUUGCCGAACAAAUCGUUUCUUUAGGGGAAAAUAAAAUUAAAGAGAGUGAAACGCCAGCUACCAAACUAUGUUCUAUGUAUCUGCUCGAUUCAUUAAAUAAAAAUGUUAAAAGAGUUUACAAUUCAUUAUUUUCAAGAAAUAUUGUAAAUAUUUACAUUGACACUUUCCAAUCAGUAGAUGAUCCAACUAAAGGUUCACUUGUCCACCUAUAUAACAUUUGGAAGGAAAGAGAAUUAAUUGACAAUGCAUUAUUAACUCAAAUUCAUCAACAUUUAUCACAAGAAAUUCAAAGAAUUUCAAUUCAAUUUCCAAAAAAAAACAAAUCGUCCUCGUCCUCAUCUUCAUCCUCGUCCUCAUCCUCAAUUUCACAACAAGCACAAAAACCACAAAAACCACAACAACAACAACACCAACAUCACCAUCAACACCAACAACACCAACAACACCAACAACACCAACAACACCAACCACAACAACACCAACAACACCAACCACAACAACAACACCAACAACACCAACCACAACAACAACAACAACAACAACAACAACAACAACAACAAGCACCUAAGCCUUCUUCACCAAUAGCAACUGCACCACCACAACAACAACCAAACAAACCAUCUAUACCUUCACCAUCAAGAUCACCGGUAUCAGUAUCUCAAGGUGGUGCUAACAAGCCAAAUAUACCAUUACAACAAAAUCAUCAACUACAACAUAACCAAUUUAAUCAAAUGAAUAAAGGUCCACAACAGUUUCAAUCAAAUCAAAACCAAAAUAGAUUCCAAAAUCAAAAUAAUCAAAUGCAACCAAAUCAAAAUUACCAAAGACAGUUCAACCAAAAUAAUCAAAUGCAAUCAAACCAAAAUAACAUUGAUCCAAGAUUUAAAGGAAGUGCUCCUCAAAAUUUUGGCUAUAUGAGUUCGAAUAAUAAUAAUAAUAAUAGCAACAAUAAUAUGGUAAAUAAUCAAUUUAAUCAACAAAAUAUGUAUAAUAAUAAUAAUCCAAUGAAUCAAAAUAAUAUGAAUAUGAAUCAAAAUAUGAUGAGAAAUCAAUCAAAUCAAAUGAAUUAUAAUCAGCAACCAAAUCAAAAUAGUUUUUAUAAUCAGCAACCAAAUCAUAAUAUGUUUAAUAAUAAUAAUUUGAAUAAUAAUAUAAAUACUAAUAUGAAUAACAAUUUGAAUAAUAAUAUCAAUAAUAAUAUGAAUCAAAAUGUUUUCAAUAACCAGAACAUGAAUAACAAUAUCAAUAACUUUAAUAAUAAUAAUCAAAAUAAUAUUUUCGAUUAUAAUAGCAAUAUGAAUAAUAAUAUUACAAAUAGCCCAACCAAUACAGGUAGUGUCCCAUCUUACUUUGCCAGUAUCGCCAAUAUUAAUAUUCCAAAGUCAAUGAACCCAACCCCAUUACCAAUAAGCCAACCUCAGCUUUCCCCAACAAACCAACAAUUACAACAACAACAACAACAACAACAACAAUUAAAACAAAAAAUUGCCCAAGACCAAAACUUUUUGUUCUCAAUAAUCGAAUAUCUUGACACUUAUUUAAAAGAAAAGAGCAAUGAAGAACUUAAAAUCUUUUUACAACAAUUAAAGAACACUCUCUAUAACAGUGUCUAUAAUGCUCAACAAUAUAAUACUUUAAAACAAGAAUUUAGAUCUCUUAAAGAUAAAUAUCAACUUUCCGAACCAAAACCAUAUGUUAUGGACCAUAGUAGUAUUCUUUCCCCAUCCACCCCAACAACAAACACAGUCUCCUUAUCUCCAACCUCCUCAUCAACCUCACUAUCCCCAUCAUUAUCAAUUGAAUCAAAUUAUAAAUCAGGAUCA